AUGUCCGUCUGGAACCCGGACAAUAUCCGGGACGUUGCGGAGUCGGUCGGCAUCACUAACCUGAACCACGAUGUCACCGAGAAUCUCGCACGCGACGUUGAGUACCGUGUCGCGCAGGUGCUGGAAGAGGCGCUCAAAGCGAUGCGCCACGGAAAACGGACACUCCUCACAACCCAGGAUAUCUCUCAAGCUUUACGAACCCUUGAUGUGGAACCACUAUAUGGCUACGAGUCCCUCCGCCCGCUGCGGUUCGGCGAAGCGUCACUCGGUCCUGGACAGCCGCUCUUUUACGUCGAGGACGAGGAAGUGGAUUUCGAGAAGCUCAUCAACGCUCCGUUGCCCAAGGUUCCUCGAGAGGUUUCGUUUACUGGCCAUUGGCUCGCCGUGGAAGGCGUCCAGCCGUCCAUUCCUCAGAACCCUACUGCUGCAGACUCGCGCAACCUCGAGUUGGUAUCCAAGGGUCCCAAUGCCAACCAGACCCUCCAGGCGAUGAGUGGUACCGGUGACGUGGCGGUGAAACCGUUGGUGAAGCACGUUCUCUCCAAGGAGCUCCAGUUGUACUUCGAGAAGGUCUGCAGUGCUUUCUUGGAUGAGACAAGUGAAGACUACCGGACCUCCGGUUAUGCUAGUCUGCGCGAAGACCCUGGUCUGCACCAGCUGGUACCGUACUUUGUGCAGUUUAUUGCCGAAAAGGUCACACAUAGCCUCAAGGACAUCUUUGUUCUGACCCAAGUGAUGCACAUGGCCGAGGCCUUGGUGCAAAACCCAUCCCUUUACGUUGACCCCUAUAUCGCUUCUCUCGUCCCGUCUAUCUUGACCUGUCUGAUCGGCCGCCAACUCGGCGGAGCCGCUGACUUGGCUGAACAAUUUGCUCUACGAGACCUCGCUGCUUCACUACUUGGACUCAUCUCAAAGAAAUACUCCCAAUCUUCUCAUAUGCUUAAGCCCCGCCUGGUGCGGUCAUGUCUCAAGAGCUUCCUCGACCCUUCCAAGCCUUUCGGCGCUCAUUAUGGCGCUGUGAUUGGGUUACAGGCCGUGGGCGGUGCCGAGGUGGUUCGCGUUCUGAUUAUUCCCAACCUCGCCGACUACUCCAGGCUACUCAGCGAUGGUAUUGAGGACGCUGCUCGUCGGCCUGCAGCUGAGCGCGUGCUGAACGCUCUUGUCGGCGUUCUGGCAUCGCUUCGUGACAGCCAGGCGUCUUUAACCAACGGUCACCCUGCUACCGUUACUGAAGACCUCCGCGCACGUUUGACGGAGAAGGUUGGAGACCUUAUUGCUAGCAGGAUCGCCGAGGCCAACGAGGUGGAGCUGGCCCACGUGGUGCUUGAGGCAUAA